UCAGCGUUGGACGCAGCGCUCUCUCCUUUUUGGCAAGUUCUCCGCUUAUUCAUUCAUUGCAACAUGAGCGCUGGCGUGUGACUUUAAGAGGCUGUGUCUGGGGCUAAGUGAGGGCUUGGCUUAAAGUGACGCGCUCCCUUCCUCUCUGCCAAUGAGAUCUCAUUAACUGGGGAGCCCAAACACACUUUACUACAGACUUCCAGACCCCAAAGAAGAAGGUGCAUAGGAAAUACAAAGGGCUUGUCAGAGACAUCCAGAAACAGGGCAGGUUACUCUGUAACUUACAAGAGUCUGGAUUUGGAGAGCACUGCGAGUGGCUGACAAUGCUCGCAGAAUUAGCUGUGAUUCUCCUGGUCACCAGCGUAUGUAAAGGCCUGCCAUUCUAUAAUGGAUUCUACUAUGAGCAUAUUCUCAACAACAAAACGAAUAAUGGCAAUGGAGAGGUGAUUCAUUUCAAUGGUGUGAGGCUUGUGGUAAACACUCCAGAUGACCCUCUCUUUGGCUACCGUGGUGGGAACGCGACCCUGCCAUGUACAUUUCAUUACGAGCCAAAGUUAAAUUCCACUCGAAAGUACCGUGUCAAAUGGUCCAAACUGCACAAAGAUAACACUAAGGAGAGAGAUGUGCUGGUGGCUAUUGGAUUAAGGCACAGGAGUUUCGGGGAAUAUAAAGGGCGAGUGCAUCUGAUUCAGAAAAUGCCCAAUGAAGUCUCCCUGGUUAUCACUGAUUUACGUCUGGAAGAUUAUGGAAAUUACAAGUGUGAGGUCAUUGAUGGACUAGAAGAUGAAAGUGGAAUUGUAGAACUUGAGUUAAGAGGUGUUGUCUUUCCUUAUCAGCCUCAUGGUGGAAGGUACCAGCUGAACUUCCAUGAUGCCAAAAAAGCUUGUGAAGACCAAGACGCCAUGAUGGCUUCAUUUGAACAGCUCUUUAAGGCCUGGGAGGAAGGACUGGAUUGGUGCAAUGCUGGCUGGUUGAUGGAUGGCACUGUUCAGUACCCUAUUACUUUGCCCAGAGAACCUUGUGGUGGCAAAGAAAUGCCCCCCGGUGUUAGAAGCUAUGGAGAACGGCACAAGCACCUACACAGAUAUGAUGCUUUCUGCUUUUCUUCUGCUCUGAAGGGAAAAGUUUACUAUCUAGAGCACCCUGAAAAGUUAACUUUUGCUGAGGCCAAAGCAGCUUGCCAAGACGAUGGGGCACAAAUUGCCAAGGUCGGACAACUCUUCGCUGCAUGGAAAUUCAUUGACUUAGAUCGCUGUGACGCUGGCUGGUUGGAUGAUGGUAGCCUCAGAUAUCCUAUAGCCUUUCCCCGUCCUAACUGUGGGCCACCUGAACCUGGAGUUAGGAACUUUGGAUUCCCAACAAGACAUAUGAAGUUUGGAGUCUACUGCUACAAGAUGAGUUAAAUACAAAAAGAUUUGACACUUUGGACCUUGUGUGAUAUACCUUCUUAUUACCUCAGGAUGAACCUGAAGAAUAUGCAAGAGAAUACAUGACAAUAUACAACUUGAGACAGUAUCUCAGGCAAACCAAUGACACAACAUAAGCUUGGAUACCAUGUUUAUUCUAACAGAUAAUUAUUUUCCUGCUAUAUGACAAAGCUACACUUUUCCCUUCUUGAAUGAUCUAUGCUAACGCAUUCCACAAAUAUGCAAAUAUAUAUUUUAAAAAGUAGAUGGCUGGUUGAAACUUAUGUCUCUGUCUUAUGACUCAAGAUAUUAUUGACCAGCACCUUAACAACAUCCCUUGUGACUAAACUUUAGAAUGUUCACAGUGAGUGAUAUGUUGUUGGUAUUGGCACGUUAGGGUCCCAGUACAUGAGGAUGAAUUUGACUUCCUUCUAUGCUGAAAUUCUUAUGUCUUGGAUCAGAUGUUACAGUACUUUAUUGAGACCCAGUUUUGUUGGGGCUAACUCAGAUAUUAAACAUUGGCAUAGCCUCAAAAUGUUGGGUUUCGUUUAAGUAAUCACAAGUCUCUAUUUCUAUUUACAGCCUGCCAUGUCGGCUGUCUUCCUCAUGCUCAUUUCAAAUGGAAUUGCCAACUUCCCAAUUUCCAUUUCAGCUAUCAUAAAAUAGGAUAGCAAUUGGGUGUCAUGGACAUGAAAAUUAGCUUAACAUGAGAAGAAUCACCGGGCUUACUACUCAAAUGCUUAGCCACAAUAAAAAGGCACUACAAUUGGCAAGUUGUAGAGACGCUACUUAUAACAGCUAGUUAGCACUCCCUUUAGUGAAGCUCUCAUAUCCAUGUCUGUCUAUUUCUCACAGCCAUGCUAUCUCUUUAAGGUACAUUCUGACUUUAGAAUCUGUCAUGUAUAAGGCUAUAAUUUACAAGCUGAUAUAUAUAUUAUCUAGGGACUAUUAUUCCCCCUAUUGAAAAAUAUAAGCAUAAUAGAAGUUCUUUUAUACAGGUCAUGGGACUCCAUAAUGACUUUAAGGGGCCGAUUCACCAAGGGUCGAAUAUCGAGGGUUAAUUAACCCUCGAAAUUCGACUGGGAGUUAAAAUCCUUCGACUUCGAAUAUCGAAGUCGAAGGAUUUUAGCGCAAAUAGUUCGAUCAAACGAUCGAAGGAAUAAUCCUUAGAUCGAACAAUUAAAUCCUUCGAAUAGAACGAUUUGAAGGAUUUUAAUCCAACGAUCGAAAGAUUAUCCUUCGACCAAAAAAAUUUAGGCAAGCCUAUGGGGACCUUCCCCAUAGGCUAACAUUGAGUUCGGUAGGUUUUAGAUGGCGAACUAGGGGGACAAAGUUUUUUCUUAAAGAGACAGUACUUCGACUAUCGAAUAGUCGAAUAGUCGAACGAUUUUUAGUUUGAAUCCUUCGAUUCGAAGUCGUAGUCGAAGUCGAAGGUUGAAGUAGCCCAUUCGAUGGUCGAAGUAGCCCAAAAAACACUUCGAAAUUCGAAGUUUUUUUACUUCGAACCCUUCACUCGAGCUUGGUGAAUUGACCCCUUAGAAUCCUCAUUUUACAAUAUGGGGGUAUAUUAUUUUAUAAAAUACAGGUUUCUGUGAGUCAUGUGACAAAAAUCAGCAUGCAACCACUUCCUAACUUGUGCAUAUGAAUGAUGUCCAAAUUAAGGGGGAACAAAACUUUUUCUUUAUUGAGACUACCUUUACAACCUUCUGGUCCCACUCUAAACUAAUGUCUUUUCAAGAGGUAAAAAUUUAUAGAGAAGCGUUUACAUCUAUAUUUUUUUACAUUCUGUACUAAAAAGAAGUCAUUUGGGUAUGUUUCUAUUCAUCUGAAAAGCUAUAUUUUUUUAUUUUAUUUUUCGGAUUAAAACGUUGCCCAUCUAAUGAUAAUGGAAAAUAUUAGGUGCACUACACUUAUAGCGCAAAACAUGAACACAAAAUCUGCACAGAAAACUGAUAUACACCAUACACUUACUUAUGUACUUACCCCCCCUCCCCCCAUUACAGUGCAUCACUAUACUUUUAUAGUGACAGGGGUCUGUGCUUAAACAGAAGGUAAGUCCACCAGUCCGACUUGUGUCUGUGUAAGGAGCCUGCAAUGGGACGCCCAUGUACUGACCCCAAAACAAUGGCUCAAUCACAAAUCUUGUGUUUCUUUCUUUCACAAUGUGUUUCACUUCACAUGUGUCACCCUACACAGCUCACUAACCAUAAUAUACUUUGUUGGUCCAUAAAAGUGAUAUUUUCCCAUUGCUGCCUUUUUAAGGUGGUGAAAAGGCAGCCCCCCAAUCCCAGUGCAAAUAAUAAAGAACCGGCAGCUUUGCCGAUGGACAAAUGUUAGCAGAAUGCUGCCAGUGGCUCUGCACUUGUUUUAUCAUAUCAUUGUACACUAGAAUGCCAACGUGAGGUCCGAAUGCGUUUUUCAUUCGUCUGUGAAGUGUGCUUGUUCCAGGAUCCAAUAUGUGAAAGUGUAUGUACAGCAAACAGUGCAGGAGAUCCUAGCUGGAUUUCCCUCUGCACAGAGGCCACACUGUAGCUAGUUCUAAAUGGAUGUCCAUGUGGCAGACAGAAAUAAGGGCCCCUUCAUAAACAGGUCUCCUCUUUAUACACUGCCUGGCAGGCAUCCAAGCUGCUUGAAUGACCGGCCCAGUUUGACUAGAAACCGCAGGAGCUCAAGGUGGGCAGAGGCAGAUAGAUAAACAGAGCAGAUCUGUACACAACCACUUAGCUGAGAAAGACUCCUCUAUAUGAGCUAGCCCUGAGGUUUUGUAUCAUGCAGCCCAAUUUGUAAAAUCUUCAGGAUCUUUCUGUUAACUCCUGUAUAACUUGCACGGAAAAUAAAGACUGUUUCCUCUCCCA